AUGGCUCCUUCCUCUUACAAUUACACCAGUCCUCAGGAUAUGUGGUACAUCCUGAUUGGAAUCCCAGGACUAGAAGAUGUGCACACCUGGAUCUCCAUCCCCAUCUGUUUUAUGUACAUUGUUGCUGUUGUAGGUAACCUCUUCUUGAUCUUCCUGAUUGUGACCGAGCAGCGUCUCCAUGAGCCCAUGUAUCUCUUCCUUUCUAUGCUGGCUUUAGCAGAUGUCCUGCUCGCCACAUCCACAGCUCCCAAGAUGCUGGCCAUCUUCUGGUUCCACUCCAUGAACAUAUCCUUUGGUAGCUGUGUAUCCCAGAUGUUCUUCAUACAUUUCAUCUUUGUGGCAGAAUCUGCCAUUCUCCUGGCCAUGGCAUUUGACCGCUAUGUGGCCAUCUGUUAUCCACUGAGAUACACUGCCAUCUUAACCUCCUCAGCCAUUGGGAAGAUUGGCAUAGCAGCUGUGGUCAGGAGCUUUAUUGUAUGUUUUCCAUUCAUCUUUCUGGUACAUCGACUUAGAUACUGUGGGAGAAACAUCAUUCCCCAUUCCUACUGUGAGCACAUGGGCAUUGCCAGAUUGGCCUGUGACAAUAUCAAUAUCAACAUCAUUUAUGGCUUGACUGUGGCCCUGCUGUCUACAGGACUGGAUAUAAUGCUCAUCAUUAUGUCCUACACAACGAUCCUUUGCACAGUGUUUCAGAUACCUUCCUGGACUGCGAGAUUUAAGGCCCUUAGCACAUGUGGUUCCCAUAUCUGUGUCAUACUUAUGUUCUAUGCUCCAGCAUUCUUUUCAUUUUUUGCCCAUCGGUUUGGAGGUAAAACCAUUCCUCAUCACAUCCAUAUCUUAGUAGCAAACCUCUACGUAGUGGUGCCCCCAAUGUUCAACCCCAUUAUCUAUGGGAUAAAGACCAAACAGAUUCAGGACCGAGUAAUUUUAUUUUUCUCCCCCAUCAGCAUAUGUUGUUAA